UUAAUUAGAUGAUGGAUUUUUGAUAGUUGGUGAAUCUUUCGAGGGAUUUUUUUAGUGUAAAGUGUGCGCUCCGUUGUAGCAUUGUGAUUGUCAAUCUUUUUGUGUUGGUUUUUAGUGUUGGAAUGAUAAAUGAUAUUUGACUUUUGUUGAUUUUAAGGAUAAAUUGGUUUAUAAGAGACUUUCAAGAGUUUACUGAUGGAUGGAACUGCUCAAGAAUUUCCUCAAAUGCUGUUUUUUUCGAGGCAGUAUCUGAAUAGACACAUUUGGAAUGAACUGUUGAUAAAAUGUGAGCUUCCGGCGUCAAAUUGACGCGAAAUGAAGAAAUUGCUGUAAAAAUGCAAAACGCAUGGAGCGUCGACAGAUCGAACCCGCGCCCGACGCACUAUUAGCCGACGAAAAUACCGACAUCGUUUCAAAUCCUGCACAAAAUGUUGCCGAUUUAGCCGAAAAAGAAAAGAUUGACGAGGAAACCAAGUCUGGUGGGGAAUUGAAAAAUGUAGCUGCAGGUGGUACAUCGACAGCAAAACAUUCUGUCGAUAACAUUAUAGGUGAACAGUUGAAUUUAACGAUUUCACACAACAUAGUUAACUCGAGUACCAGAAAUAUCGAUACAGAGACUACUAUUGAAAGUUUGGAGACGACUUUGGAGGCGACUGAUGUCACCAAAGCAUCAUCAGAUAGUGGUUUAUCCAUGGUUAACGGUAUCGUGAACGAAAGUGUUUUAAACACUCAGAUGCAAAAUCCAAGUCCAAACAACCAUACCGUACAAAGAAAAAUCGGUCUAGCCAGUCCACCAUCUAAAAACCAUCGACUAAGCAUCCCCAAUAAUUUUCAAACCAUCUCGAUUCCCCAACAACGUAGAACAAGUGCACCCCCAUCACAAAUAUUACAAACACAAAUCAGUGAUUCUUUUAUAUCGAGUGAUACAGUGGCUUUGCAAAGUGAUGUGAAUGAAGACAAAGUUUUCUCGAGGACUGUUGGAGGAGGAUUUUUGGAGCAGGAUGAUAGUGGAGGUGAACUUUUGAAGGGAUUUGUUACUGUUCAUAUAUUGCUGGACAGGAACAAGUUGGAGAGGGUGCUGUUUAGCCCCAAUCAGGAGCAAAAAGCCAUCAUAGAAGUUCUAAGAUCAGCUUCUGGAGCUUCUGCAAGUGACGUCAUCAAACUGUACGACCAAUCAGGACGUUGCGUUCAAAUCACGCCGAAUUUGAAGACUGAGGGUCAAAAUUAUCAUCUGCAGGUAUCAAAAUACCCAGUAUCGCCAAAUGCAUCAAAAAUCUCAUCACCGGCCUCGAAAUUCAUCAACUCCGAACUCUCGCACGAGUUAGACGUCAUCUUACAGAAAAUAAUAUCACUAGAACGUUGCCUAUUCCCACUGCGAACCGGUCUGCCAUCGAAGCCAUCAUUUCACGAAGGCGUCCUGAAGAGCCCCAAACAACAGAAUCAAUCGCCCAUCACCGCCACUAGUCACGGUUCGAAUUCUAGUCAUAACAGCAACUGUGAUAUAAGGGAGGAAAAGGAAGAAGGGUUGGAUAGGCUGAGUGGUAAUCAAAGAGGCGGUAAUAAGGAUGGUUCAAGGGAGCAAUUAAAUAAUAAAAAUCACUGUGAUACUACUGGAGCGAAGGACAAUCAAAUUAUUAGUAUUAGUAGGGCUUCCAAGGAUUUGGAGGUCGCCAGGAGCUAUUCGGAGGAGGAAAGGGAGAAGAGGGACGAGCAGGAGAGGCUGAUCAAGCAGCUCGAAAUGCUGAGCACGAGGAUACAGGCGCUGACGACGAGGGCUAACGAGAUCGGAGCGGAAUGGAUAGGAUGCGGUGUCGGUGUCCAUUGCGCUGGUGCGUUCAGGGAACAAUUUUCAAGAAGAAGAAUCAGUCUGCCGAAACACACAGAGGUCAAAGCCAAAUUUACAAUGAUAUGUGAUACGGCGAGUGCGACGUUUUCCCAGGAGACUCUGCAGUCGCUGCGGCUGCCCGCCUUCGACAGCUACGCCUGGUCGGACGAGCAGCUGCUGCUCCUGCUCCACGGAAUGUUCACGGAAUUGGAAUUGACUUCAACGUUUCGGAUAAAGGAUGCCGUUCUUCGCCAGUUUUUGUACGAGGUCUAUAAGCAUUACAACGAGGUGCCGUUUCAUAACUUUCGGCACUGCUUCUGCGUCGCACAAAUGAUGUACUCGAUGGCCUGGAAAGUUGAUCUCAUAUCCCGAUUGGGCCACCUGGAAGUCCUAGUCCUUCUAGUUUCUUGCAUUUGCCACGACUUGGAUCACCCCGGUUAUAAUAAUAUUUAUCAAAUAAAUGCCAGGACGGAAUUGGCCAUUAGAUAUAACGAUAUUUCGCCCUUGGAAAAUCAUCAUUGCUCUGUAGCAUUUAGGAUAUUAGAGUUAGCUGAAUGUAAUAUAUUAGAAGGACUUCCAUCGGAUACUUAUAGGCAAGUUCGAGAGGGCAUCAUUCGAUGUAUCUUGGCAACGGAUAUGGCAAGGCACAAUGAAAUCUUAGCCCAGUUUCGGGACGUCACACCUUGUUUUGAUUAUGAUAAUAAAACACACACAAAUCUGUUAUCGAUGGUGAUGAUCAAAGUGGCAGAUAUAUCGAAUGAAGCUCGACCAAUAGAUGUUGCCGAACCUUGGCUGGAUAGGCUAUUACAGGAAUUUUUUGCUCAAAGUGCUGCAGAAAAACAGGAAGGUCUUCCCGUAACGCCUUUUAUGGAUCCUGAUAAAGUCAGCAAGCCUUCAAGUCAAGUCAGGUUUAUCGGACUUGUGUUAUUACCUUUGUUUGAAGCUUUGGGUGAACACAUGCCAGAAUUACAGGAUUUGAUCGUCCAACCCGUUCGAGACGCUCUAGAGUAUUACCGACGACUAAACGAAGCAACAAGAGAAGGCAGGUCUAGAAAAUCUCUAGGAGAUGGCUUAGAACCCGCAAACGCUUCCCAAAGCAUCCACUCCCCCACAGGUUCUCAAACAGGCCCACAGACCACUCACAACGUCCGAUCAAGGCGCAGUUUGGUUCCAAGAAUGUCUUUGUCGAUAUCUCGAAGCACCGAGACUCACAUAGAUGACAAUCAAGUUAUAACAAUCGAUCCUGCCAGCAAGACUGUCACUCCUGAGAUGGCUCAGGAUCACCAUAUUCCUUCGACUCAUGAUAUAGAGAGAUUUAUGAAAAACAGGAGGAUGGAUGAAGGUGAUGAAAUUGAUGCAGAUGAUGGUAGGGAAGGAGCAGAUGAUGAUGAUUUUGAGGAGAACGAUAGCGGGGACUCGGAGACUGCGACGGAAGUCGAGGUUUCGGAGAAGACUUUGAAGUUCAAGAUUGCUACGGAGGGCGGUGGUAGCAGUAUGGAUAGGAGAAACAGUAGGAUUGGUAUCCCAUCGCGUAAAAACAGCCAUGAGCGUUGUACUCUAAGCCAUGCGUUCGGAAAUGCAUCUUAUUCUUUGGAUUUACAAAAAUAUGACUAUCGAAGAGGCUCUUUGGGGCCCAGUUCUUCAGGAGGCAGUCUCGGAAACUUUUGUUCAAACUGCCAGACUUUGGAAAAUACUAACAGAUGCUGCAGGGUUGCUCGUAAUAGUGACGGCAGUGUAAGAUCACCUUGCAGCGAUACUUGUCAAAGAUCUCAAGGUUCAGCAGGAUCUCAUUCUGUUCGACAGAUAAGUGAAGAAUUUGAACCAGAAACUGAGGAAGACCAGAAAGGAUCAGACUCGAUAAAGCAAACUAAAUCACCAGAUCAAACUGAUACUAAAGCAAACUUAUCGACGUCUAAUGAUCAACAAAGUGUCGUCCAGGUUCCAAAAGAUGUGGAAACUAAAUUAGAAUCUAAUGAUGAUAAAUCUCAGGACCAACAACAGGCUUUAUCACCAAAUCCUGAUGAUUCCCCAACCAAACAAAAUUUUGAUGAGAUAACUAUCGAUAAGACUAUACCUGUAAAACAAGAACUGAUCCAGCAGCAACCAGCACCACCACGAAGUCUUUUUGCACGUCUAAAAAAUUUCACAGACCGCCUAAGUCUAAGUUUCGAUAAACAAUACACAAGUCGCAAUAACAAUACGAGUGAUGAUGUUUUUCGAGAAAACAAUCUAACAGCAACCAGGGCAUCGACUUUACCCAAAAGCAAACGUGUCGAGGCGAGAAAGACUUGGAAAAUUUUAAUGUAUAAUAAAGAUAGAAACACGACGAAUAGUAUAGACGUGUUGACUGAUGUCGUUGAUAAUAAUCAGUCGAAGGAUAAUAAAGAAAAGGUGGAAAUUUGACAAAGAACCAGUUUGGAUGAUGCUUUUGAUGAUCGGAGUGGCUUUGGUUAUAUAUUCUGUAGGUGCUGUUCGAAUAGAAGAACUAUGCCAGUGGACACGGUGU